AUGCAAGCAAGUAAUAAAUUACCUCCCAGAAAUUAAGCUAACUAAACAUUUAAUGGCAAUCCUAAUAUUUUAAUAUUUUAGAAUAAAAAACCAAAAGAUUUAAGAAGAUACACAACAGAUGCAGAAGAAAUGAAAAAAUAUUAAAAAGAUUUUGGUUCCUAAAAAAGAAAUGAAUCAAAGUAUAAUUAUGAAUAGAAUUUAGAGAUGUCUAAAAAUAAAAUUAAGGUAAGUGUAAAAAUAAAACAAAUGAUAAAUAAUUUGCAGACAAUGGAAGAUAAUAACAUGUUUAAAGUUUAUCAGAUAGUCAAUCAUAAUAACCUCCUUUAGUAAUGAUAAAGUGUUAAGCUAAACCAUAAUUUGAGAAUUUUAAGAAUCAUGUAAAUACAAAACAUCAUAAUUUUAUUACUCAACAAAAAAGAAAUGAGAAACCUCAUUCAUUUAAAUAUAUUUUAUAAGCAAAGAAUAAACAAAUAUCAAAUUGUAAUAAGAUCAUUAAAUUUAAGUAUAUUAUGUUGGAGAUUUGUAAAAUGCAAUUUUGAACUAGAAUUCAAGAAAUUCUGAUAUAUUUAGGGAACACAUAGUUGUUUCCUUUACAUAUAUUCCAAUGAUAUAGAAAUCUAAUAUAGAUGAUAAAUAAAUUUAAGAGAAAAAAUUAAAUAUUCCAAUAACAAAAAAUAAAAAAUGUAAUAAUAACAGAAUUAAUGUAAAAUAGAUAAUAAAACAAUAAUUUUUGAUAUGGAUGAGACCUUAAUGCACUGCAAUGAAGAUGAGAAUGAUAAAUGUUAAUUUAAAAUACCAAUAGAAUUUGAAGAUGGAGAAAGAAUAGUAGCUGGAAUUAACAUAAGAAAUUUUGCCAAAGAGAUAAUUUAAAAGCUUUGUGAAGUUUGUGAAGUUAUGAUUUUUACUGCAUCUUAGGAUAUUUAUGCUAACCAAGUAAAAAUGAAUUUAGCUAUUUAAGGUUAUAGAUAUUUUAGAUCCACAUAAUAAUCUUUGUUGUAGAAUUUUUAGAGAUAAUUGUAUUACAGUCAAUGAUAAUCAUUUGAUAAAAUAUCUUAGAGUUUUGAAUAGAGAUUUAAAAAAUGUUGCCAUAAUUGAUAAUUCUUCUUGCAGCUUUGCGUAAUCUUUAAAAUCAACAAUAAGUUAGACAUCAUUUGGAGAAUGGGAUACCGAUUGUUUCAUUCUACAAUGAUGAAAAAGACAAUCAAUUAAUUAAAUUGUAUCGAUAUUUAUGUUAAUACAUUCUACCUGCUGAAGAUGUAAGGCCUAUCAUUUUAUCACACUUCAAAUAAGACAAAUUAAAUUAAUAUGAGACAGUUGAGGAUGCAGUAAAAUAAUUGUAUUUUUGAGAUUUUUGAGUCUUAUUUGUUUCUGUAAUUUUUGUUAAAACAUAUUUUAAAUGUGAAAGUCCUUUAAUUUAAUACAUAUUUCAGAUUAAUGUUACUUGAAAGUGAUCAAUAAUAAGACAGUUCAAACAUUAAUAAUCAAUAACUACAUAAAUCUGCAUAUGUACAAUGUUUUAUAGAUAUAUUUUCAGUCAAUAAGGAAUCGACGAAAAAUUUAUGAUGACAAUGAUUUUAAAGAGGUUGUCAAAAAUUUUUAUAAUCUGAUCUCAGAAAUGAAUAAAAGUAUUUACUUAUUUUUAUUUGAUUAUAAGUUAGGAAAAUUAGCAAAACUCAUAUAAGAAAAUACCCAAAAUAAACUAAAUAGAGAAAUGCAAUUACAACUAAGUAACCAAUUAAAGAACCCCAAACCACUAAAAGAGAUCUUAAUAUAAGACCUGGAUUAAUGCAAGCUCAACAAUAAUUUUACUCAUGUUUUAGUCAAUAGAUUGUAAAUCAAUUAUUACCUUAAUUCAAUCAAACAAAUCAUACUCCUGUUAUCUGUGAAAAAAACAAGCAACAUCUCCAUUUCUAACGUAAUCAGUUUCAUAUACAAAUUGCUUAUCACAUUUAUAUAAAGAAAUUUGGUUCCUCCCUUGUUGAAAAUUAGGAUCCAACUUCUGUUGCCAAAAAAGUUAUGAAUACAAACUUCAAUCCUAAAGUAAUUAUCCUUUUAAGAACCAGUCCUAAUUCCCAGAGGAAGAAAAACAAGAUGAUGCUUCUGAUGUUCACAAUAAACCUAAUGAAGAUGGAAAAUAGAAACCCUUGAAAGACUUAGUUCGAGAAUUUUAGAGUGAUUAAUGAUUUUCAAAAAAUUAUACAAAG